GGCGAUUUUUCUUUCUUUGAUUUGGUUCCAGCGAUUUUUCUCUCAUGGGUGGGAGGCUAUGGUUUUUCUCUCCUUGGUGGGAGGUGAUAAGGGAUUGUUUUCAGAGGAGGAUUUGAAGGAGGUGAACGUUGAUGGUCUUGGCUUGGUGCCCGAGUUCCAUUGGGUGCUGCCGAUGGUGGAUGGUUAUGGUCAAAGUUUAGCGACGUUGAUGUUGAUGACAGAAAGCUUUUUUGGUUUCCAUGCUUGGGAAGUGGAGGAAACAAUGGGGCAGAGGGCAAAGUUUCCUUGUACUGGCCAUCAGAUCUCUACAGCAAUGGAUCUUCUAGGGGUUGAUCAUGUGUGCAGUGCAGGCGAG